UGAGCAUUGAGCAAUGCGUUCACUCUUUCCUUUACCAUUCGGUCCAAAGGCAUCGACGUAUUGAUCCAUCAAAAAAUAUUAUUUUAAUAAUAAGUAACUUUUAUUUUAAGAAAAUAUAGUUUUAAAAAGACUUCUUUAAGUCUCUUCUUCGCUGCAAAACAAAAAUCUUAAAAUAAAUCAAAAUGAGCUCGGGUGGAACACGUGUUUAUGUUGGAGGUCUAGUGGAAGGAAUUAAAAAAGAAGACUUGGAAAGAGAAUUUGAUAAAUAUGGAAAAUUGAACUCAGUUUGGGUCGCACUAAACCCCCCAGGCUUCGCUUUCAUAGAAUUUGAAAACAUGCAGGAGGCUGAAGAUGCUUGUAGCGCUAUGAACGGUUUCGAAAUGUUAGGCGCGACAUUAAAAGUAGAGCUGUCCAGAAAACGUGACGGGCCUCGUCGGGGCUUCCGCGGCGGUGGCGGCGGCGGCGGAAGAGGCGGUGGAUUUAGAGGCCGCUCAUUCGGGGGCUCCGGCGGCGGCAGACCUUACAACAACAGCUACGGCGGCGGCGGCGGCGGUGGUGGUGGCCGCUCUUUCAACCGCAAUGGCUAUGGCUCAGGAAAUAGAGACAAUGGCAGAUCUAGGUCACCGAUGGGGCGAUUUUAAUUUAACUCUUUAGUUUUAUCGUUAGGUUUAAUGUUAAUUGUAAUCUGAAGCCUUACAAGCGUUUCACACUGUUCGUCAUAUAAGGGGGGUUUACUACUGAGAAGAGCUCUGUCGAUGUCUUAGGAUUUAGAGAUAUUUUAAUCUUUAAUAACUUGAAACAAUAAAGAGGAACAACCUUCAGUAUAUCUUUAACAUUGUACCUAAGCACUUUAAUGCUAAGAUUCAUUAUGUAUAAUAAAUAAAACACAAAUUAUUCCAA